AUGGGCUGGUUCUCGUGGUCCUCCGACUCCUCCAAAGCCUCCGACGGCGGCCGCAUCGCCCCCGACAGAUCCUCGCGCGAACGAUGCUGGGAAGGCCGUGACCGGUUCUUUGCCUGCUUGGACCAAAAUAAUAUCCUCGACGCUGUUAAGGAUGACAAGGAGGCAAGGAGGAAAUGCGGGAAAGAAAUUGAGGAGUUUGAGGGGGCUUGUGCAAAGGCUUGGGUGAAAUACUUCAAGGAGAAGCGAGUGAUGGAGUAUAACCGGGACAAGACAAUUGAGCGGAUCAAAAAGGAAGAUGCUGAACGAGUGGCAGAUAUGAAAUCUCAAGGGCGCGCGACAUAA